AUGGCCGCCAAAUCGGACGGAGCCGCCGCAUCCGCCGUAAUCUCGGCUCCCGCGUGCGCGCGCGAUAAGGAGCCCGAGGCGCGUUGUGUUCUCGUAGGACCGGAAGAGCGCCAGGACCGCUCGCGGCGGCACGCGCUGCUUGACUGCUGCUGGGUGCUUUGCGCGCUGCUCGUCUUCUUGUGCGAUGGCGCCACGGACGUGUGGCUCUCGGCCGACUACUACGCGCGCCGCGACUACUGGUGGUUCGCUCUCACGCUGCUUUUCGCCGCGCUGCCAUCCGCCGUAGUGCAGGUGCUCAGCUUCCGUUGGUUCGUCUACGACUACACGGUGGAGACGGAAGAGAAUGCGGCGGUAAUGGCGCGCUCGCGGAGCCGGACGCUCAGGUGCUGCCGAGCAUGCAUGUGGAGCUUCCAGUCCCUCGUGCACGUCCUGCAGCUGGGCCAGAUGUGGAGGUACAUUCACACGCUGUACCUGGGUGUGCAGAACCACUGGUAUCGCCACUGCUACUGGCGCCUGAUGUUUGAGACGGCUGAUGUGAACAUGCUGAGGCUGCUGGAGGCUUUCCUGAAGAGCGCACCACAGCUUGUCCUGCAGCUCAGCAUCAUGAUCCACAGCAAACACAUCCUGCCACUGCAGGGUCUCUCCACCUCUGCCUCUUUGGUCUCCUUGGCCUGGAUGAUUGCCUCCUACCAGAAGGUUCUUCGUGACUCCAGAGAUGACAAGCUACCCAUGUCCUACAAGGCAAUGAUUGUGCAGAUGCUGUGGCACCUAUUCACUAUUGGCGCACGUACCAUUGCCUUCGCGCUCUUUGCCUCUGUCUUCCAGCUGUACUUUGGCAUCUUUGUUGUGGCUCACUGGUGCGCCAUGACCUUUUGGAUCAUCCAAGGUGAGACAGACUUCUGCAUGUCCAAGUGGGAGGAGAUCAUCUACAACAUGGUUGUGGGCAUCAUCUAUAUCUUCUGCUGGUUCAAUGUCAAGGAGGGUCCAGCACGAUGCCGCCUGGCUGCAUACUACUGUGUGAUUUUGGUGGAGAAUGCGGCGCUCACGGCCACCUGGUAUGCAUACAGGGGCCCACACACCUCAGACUUCUAUGCCCUUAUCAUUGUGUGUGUUGUAGUAUGCAGCUAUGCCUUGGGAACAUUUUUUAUGUUUGUCUACUACUGCCUGCUCCAUCCUGAUGGCCCAGUCCUGGGUUCACAGUGGAGCUGCAUGGAGGAAGGAAUAGGUGCAUUAGGACUUGGAGGUGUGGGGGACCUGGGGACACCUCUGCCCCAACCAGUUGUUGUCACAAGUCCCCCAAGAACCUUACAGAGGACUAAGGAUGGGGAACGGGAACCAGGGGACAAGGAGAGUUGCCUGCCUGUUUUUCAGGUGAGGCCCAUCAGUGUGGCUCCUGCACCUUCUCCCCGAACACCAAAAACUGAGGGUCCUGUUAUCCGCAUUGACCUGCCCAGGAAAAGCUACCCAGCCUGGGAUGCACAUUUUAUCGACCGCCGAUUGAGAAAAACCAUUUUGGUUCUGGAGAAUACAUCACCAGUGACGCCACGGAUCCAGUACCGCAGCCUUGGCAGCCCCAAAGAGGUUCUGCUGUUGCUUGUGAGACACUGUUUGUUUGUUUUUUCCCCCAACUGUUUCUGCUCACUGUUGGGAGGCAUUUUAUUUGAAUAGCACAAUGUGCUGAAGAUGAAGAUGGAUUUUAAACUGAUGUGUCUAAAUGUCUUUCUGUCUUUUUAUUUAUAUUUGUGUUCAUCCUCCUGUUUUUGAGCUUGUAUUGGAAACCUUGUAUUGGAAACCUUGUAUUGGAAAGGCCUCUUGUGUAGUUUAGGAGUGCUGAGAUGAAGAGUUGGGGGAAAAUAAUUCUUAAGGUGAAUCUACUAUACAUCAUUUGUUCUUUCAUAAGUUGAUAAAAGGCAACAACCAGACACAGUGCAAUCCUAUAAAAUAUUUACCCCUUAAAGGAAUACUCCAGAUUACCAUGAACAAUCAUUUCAACAAAUUUUGCUGCACUUAAAGUAACUUAUAAAAGGAAUCUAAGGACAUAUUAGCUUGGUUUUCAGUAUCCUGAUCAGGGUGGCAGUGACUCUGGAGCUGCAGGUAACAGAGUGGCAGUGAAUCUCGGGCACACUGGACAGUGUGCAUCAUCCAUCCAUUUUUGUACCACUUAUCCUACACAGGGUCACAGAGGAGCCUGGAGCCUAUCCCAUAGAACUCAGGGCACAAG